UUUAUAGUUAAGAGGCACCGACUUAGCACCCCCCUUGUGGAUGGCAACAAUGGUCGCCUCCUUCCAAUCACGUGGCAGCUUGCCUUCUUGAAGAGACUGGUUGAAUAACUCCGCGACAGGAUACUGAAGGAUAUCAGCCAGAGGCCUAACUAUGGCGGGAUGUACACUAUCAGGACCAGCUGAUUUAUAAGGGUUCAAACUGGCCAGCACUGUGAAUACCUCUGGCACAUUGAGAAUAAUCUCCCGCACUGUGUAGCUAGUUGAGCAGUGCGGUUGUGAUGGCAAGCCUGACUCACUAUCCUUCCGAUGCAGCGCUUCUACAUUAUCAACGUCGUCUACAGCCUGGGUACCGUCCUCCAUGGUUAGACAGCCGAUCACCUCCCUUAGAGAAGCCUUUGAUUGGACAUAACUGUAAUAACACGGGAUUUGUUUUCGCAAAUUUGGCCAACCUAAGCUCAUAUGAGUACUUCGCCUGCCGCUGCAACUUAAUAGCCAUGUUUCGACACAUUUUGUAUUGCAGCCAAUGUCAGAAGCCCCGAGUUUCUUGAUAUUUUCUCCACUCAGCAUUGCGCCUCUUUAUCGCUCUCUCAAUUUUUCUCCUCCACCAUCGGGGUUUCCCAAGAUGUCUCCUGAGGCGUAGAGGAGCAAAUUCGUUCAGCAACUGCACAAG